CCCAAAAACCUCUCCUCCUCCAAAAACAAGCAGCGAUCCCAAAAAUCCAAGCAGUUUCCUCCUCUCCAAACCAGGCUCAUCUCCAUCUCCUUCCCCGCGCGAGAGAGAGACCCCUCACCUUCGCCAUGGACGGCGGCGGCGGCGCGAAGAAGAGCCGGAACCCGCACAAGGCGCCGGCGGACUACCGCAGCGACCGCAAGUCGGCCUCCGGGAUGAGCGGCGAGCCCAAGAAGGGCGGCCGCGGCGGCAAGUUCACCUGGGAGGGCGCCGACGGCUACGCCGACGAGGACCUCGACCUCAUCUCCCCCAAGAACUCCACCUCCCACUCCAAGUCCGCCGCUUCCGCCGCCGCCGCCGACAGCAGCAGCAACAAGAAGUCCGGCGACGACGAGUAGUAGGCAGGCGGCCGCCGCCUCCCCCGGUGUCGCUCGGUCGGUGUUCAUCCCCUCGCAAUCCUAGCUGUUCUUGGAAUAAGUGUGUCGUGUUCAUCGGUAGUGGUUGGAUCGACGGGCCAUGGGGAUUUGUAGAUAUAUCAUCAUUAUCUAUCUUUUAACUCUUGCUAAUGUUGGAGUCUUCGGUUCGGUUCUUUGGCCUAAACCGAUUUAUCUUUUAUCUCAGCCGUAUUAGCAAUUGAAAAUCCUGCACUUUGGUUGAA